CCCCCCCCCCCCCCCUCGCAUUCCCUUCCUCCUCCAUCCAGCCACCCGCCCGCUCCUCACUCGCUCCAAAUCCCCACUGCAACCGCGCGCGCGCCCGACGCCGCACCCCGGGCCAAAACCCUAGCCGAGCAGCCAUGCCCAGGCUCCUCCCGCUCCUCGUCUUGCUGCUCGUCUCGUCGGCCGCGGCCUCCAGCGGCACCCAGGCGCAGGGAGCGGGGCCCGGGGCGCCGUCUCGGCGGGGGCUGGUGCCGGUGGCCCCCUCGGAGGCGGAGCUGGGCGCGAUGGCGCUCGGCCUCAACGACACGCGGCGGCGGCUCGGGGGCAGCUUCCAGCUCUGCGCGCCCUGCACCUGCUGCGGCGGGGACAGGCACACCUGCGUCCUCGCGCCCUGCUGCUACGCCAUCAACUGCAACAUCCCCAACCGCCCCUUCGGGUACUGCUCCUUCAUGCCCAAGUCCUGCGACUGCCUCGGGUGCAACCUCUGAGGCGGCUGCUGCUGUCCGCGGGAUUCAUUAAAUUGGUCGGAGUAAGAGUGAGAGAGUGGGGUAGUAAGGAAUAUGUAUAAAUUCCCCACCUGCUUAGUUAAGUGGCGAUUGCUAUUACUUCUAGCUAGUAUUUUGCUGUGAUCAUUACUACGUUGUGUAGCUGCUACACUCGAUUUGGUUAAAGAAAAAAAAAGGAGGGGGUUGGAUUGAUUUGGAGAUCACUGCUAGGGUUUUCUUCAGUAUUCUUGGUCCUCUGCCUGUGGGAUUUUGUUUAUCCCUUUCCACACAUGGAUGCCUAUUAGGAUACUACUUGUUGAUAGUGGCUAGUUGAUAGCUGGAAUAAUGGUUGUUUAUGUGUGGGGAUUUAGUGCCUUUUAGUGGAUGCCAUCUCUUGCAUCUCAAUCGUGUCAUGGAAUGUGAUAGCUCGUCAAAUCGUGGCGGCUCUUUUUCAGAGUGACUGGAUCGGCCAGACCUUAUCAGCUCAUCUAUUGUAUUUGUCCCCCCUUUGCACUUUUCUGUCUUCACAAAAUAUUCGACGGAUCCAACAUUCUGAUAA